UAUAUGUUGCAAAUAAAUAUCCAAAUUAAAUGUUAAUGCUAUUUGCUGUGCUUUAAUAAUGAGACAAAUUCAUGUGCUGUAAAUAUAGACAUAUAAGUAAAAGCUGAGAUUUUAUUUAAUGAAUUUUUUUUCUUUCUUUGCACCAAAAGCUUAAUUUCUUCUCUUUUUUUUCCUUACUCAAACAAUAAUUUGAUCCUAAUGCAGAGUGACACGACAAAAUGUUUUCGAAGCCUGUUUCUCAGAAUUAUUUUAACAAAAACCAUUUUGGUUUUACUGCAAAAGGAAAGUGGCAACACCAUACGCACCCACAGACAUUGCCCUGCCUUUCCUGGAAUAGUCAAUGUAAAGGCAGGCACCUCUUGCUAUAAAUACUCAUGAGAAAUUACAUUCUUUAAUGUACUCCACCUGCUGUAUAUUGUAGGUAUUAUCGUGAUAAACAAUAUAUAUUCUUCCCUCAUAGCCUUUUACCUAACAUACAUAAGUACAUAACACAUCAUCACACAUACGUAGAGCACAUAGCAAAUUUAACUGAAUGACAAUUGAAAAUUUGCUAAACCAGAAAUAAAUCGGAAGUGUGUGGCAAUUGAAAAUUAAUUGAAAAUUCGCUAUCAUUGAGUUAAUUGAUUGAAGAAGAGCACUCCAGCGUGGUCUCGCAUAAAUAAUAUAUUGUGUGCAAGUAACAUUUUCGCAGAAUCCACCGUGGCGAAGGCGAUGAGAUGAUGGUGGGAUGUUACUCUUGCCAUUACCUCCAUAAUUAAACAAACUUUGCAAUCAAAGAAAAGUGUUUUCCCUCCCCCCAAGAGUGAUUGAGUGAACAAAACAAGGAUAUAUAUUAUUGAAAAUAAAGAGUGAACAACAACAAAAAAUGAAACAUGGAAUGUUCUCAGUGAUAAAUAGCGCGAGGCAUGAUGAAUUCAUUCGGCAUGAUAAAUAAAUUGGUAAUGUCGACCAGCACCCACUUGGACAUGGCGUACAGAGUUUCAACAACAACAAUUAGGAAUAAUAUAUACGAUGGCAUUUCCGUGCUCGAGGAUUUCUCACAUUUACCCACGGUACCGAGUACAAGUGCAACCAUUGAUAUCAUUUAUGAGACAACAUACGCCACACGGGGCAACAGGACGAUGGUGGAUGGGACAAAGGAGAAUCGCAUCAGUGCUUUAAAUUGGACAGACAUUGCUCUCGUGAGCCUAUUCUGUAUCCUCAUUGUGAUAACAGUGAUUGGAAAUACCCUUGUGAUAUUAUCCGUGAUUACCACGAGGCGCUUGAGGACUGUGACCAAUUGCUUCGUCAUGAGUCUAGCCGUGGCUGACUGGCUAGUCGGCCUCUUUGUGAUGCCACCCGCAGUUGCUGUUCAUUUAAUGGGUUCCUGGGAACUCGGUCGGGUUCUAUGUGAUAUAUGGAUAUCACUGGAUGUUCUCCUCUGCACAGCAUCCAUACUUAGCCUCUGUGCCAUUAGUAUAGACAGAUAUUUAGCUGUGACACAACCGCUUAACUAUUCACGACGGCGAAGAUCAAAGAGAUUAGCUCUUCUCAUGAUACUCGUCGUAUGGGUCCUGGCUUUGGCAAUUACGUGUCCUCCGAUUCUUGGAUGGUAUGAACAAGGUAGGGGAAGCUCAGUUGAAUGUCGCUACAAUCAGAACCAGGGAUAUGUUGUCUUCUCCGCAAUGGGAUCCUUCUUCAUUCCAAUGAUUGUCAUGAUAUACGUUUACAUGAGAAUAUCAUGCGUUGUAGCAUCAAGGCACGAUCAUAUGGCUGAAAUUGAAGUUCCCAAGAAAUACCAAAAGAACAACCCAGAAGCUGAAAUUUACUUGGAUCACGACACAUCGGAGCAAGAGCCACCAAGCCCAAAGAGAUCCCAAUCAUUCGGUCAAUUAUCAAAAAGAGAUUUAUUCACGAAAACCAAUUCAGCCGAAGACAUUGAUCGCAGUACGACAAAGCAGUCUCGCAAUGGACUGUACGAGCUCGUAGAUUGCUCCUCGAGGACACCAUCGCUAAAACGCUACGCUGGACUUCCCCCAAAGCAGCCAACAACGGAAACAUGGUCAAAUCAAUUUAGUGCCAAUAGCAAAGAUGUUCACACGUCGGGAUUUGCAAUAUCAAAGCAAAUUCGUGUACAUCAAAAAUCAAUGUCAAAUAGAAUUUUAUCACUUAAGAGAGAAAAUAAGACAACACAGACACUUAGUAUUGUCGUAGGGGGUUUCAUUGCGUGUUGGUUGCCAUUCUUCAUUUGCUAUCUCAUAACGCCAUUUCUUUCUGAACGAAUCAAAAUCAAUCCCAUCCUUGUGGGUUUCCUUACGUGGCUUGGGUGGUUCAAUAGUGCCGUCAAUCCAUUUAUUUAUGCCUUCUACAGUGUUGACUUUAGAACUGCUUUCUGGAGGCUCACCCUGAGGAAGUGCUUUAAGAAUAAGAAUUCCAACAAAAUUCCCUUUGCGAGUAAUACAAUGUCUAUCAAGAGAUAAACGUGGAAAAUAUAACAUAAAUUCCAUUACAUACAUAAAUAUAGGAUAAGCAUUGAAGUUAAACUAUACACAACAGGUAUAGAAUUGUCGAAAAUACACCGAUAAAAAUAUAUAUAGACUACCCUAUAUGUUUGCCAACAUACAAAUUCAUAAUACACCACAUCCUCAACAUGAUUUUCUCAAAAACAGUCUGAACACUUUCAUUUGGUAACCAGUGUGCAUGAGCCACUAAAUAACAAAUCUAUACCUAUAUUACAUACAAGAGGAAGAGAUUCAAGUUUUCAAAUGGUACAUGGAAUGUCGAGAAAAGUACAUUUUUUCCUGUUUCAUAAGAUAAAAAUUCAGGGCAUAAUUUAUGAAAAGAAAAUUGGCAACAGUUUUGACCAUAUAUCUCUAUUAAAAGAUUUUUUAAUAUUCCCAAAUUGUUUCGUUUAAAACUGAUUCCUAACAUUAUAAAACUUUAUUAAAGUUUCUCAAAGGAUGAGGGGUUAAAUUGAUUUCUCUCCUUGGAGUCGUUUAUUGAUUUAUCUCAAACAUCAUAGAACAUCUCCUGCCGUCUUUAUAAUAAAUUUAUCUGAGGAAAGAGCAGAAAAUCUUAGAAGCUUCUGGUUCAAUUUACUAAAACAAUUUUAAGAAGAUUACAAUGGAGGCGCCUGGUAAAUGCCAAAGCUUGUUCCAAUUUCAAUCAGAGAGAUGCAAUGGAGGCGCCAGGUUGUGCCUUACCUCUUCGCGUCAAUUAUAAAAGAGCAAUAGUUAAUGAUGGAGCAACCCAGUGGCUACCAGACGUCUCCAUUUCACUGGAGGAAAUCGUAAUUGAAAGAUAAAGAUAAUUUUUUGAAAAAGUUAUGAAGACUGCAGUAGAGGCAUUUUGUGAAUUAAUUUAAAAAAAAAGAUGUUAUAUACAAGGUUUUCCCUCUAUCAAUAAACUAGUUAACCCGACCUAAUCUACAAAAUCCUGGUAGGUUCGUUUUCGUAAAAAGAAUUUAAGUUUUUUUUAAGAGAAAUUAACGUAACUAACAGAAAAAGAAGAAAAAAAGGACAUUUUCCGUACAUUGUGCAUAACAUCCUUUUAAUCUCUAACUUCCUUGAAUUUAUUGACAAUUUUUCCACAAUAACAAAGCUGCAAUUUUAGGCAUGAAAACAGGAAAAAGUCCCCACAAACUGUUGUGAGAGCUUUGUCAAAAACUUUAGUCUAUAAUCUUGUGAGGGAGGCAUAAAAAUUUCUCAAUCGAUACUUGACAAAACAUUAUUUUAAAGUGCAAGCUUGAAAGUUUUGCCGCACGUCAAAGAUAGGACAAUUGUAAGUCAAUCCUGAAGAAUUUUGCCAAAAAAAAAACUUUCUUCAAAGCUUUAUUAAAGCUUAAAGGAGCUUAAUAAAUACCCCAUUUUGUUUGGGCAUUUCUCACUAAUCUGGGGGACUUUAUUCUCCGAAAGAAAAGUUAGCACUUAGCAUAUUGUCAGGAUUAAAAUUUACCUACAAACAUCGGUCUAAUGGAUGUUUCUGCUGAAUUUAAUAAUUUAAUAUUUAGUUGGUAAUUUUAAAUAGGGGAGAUGUUUGACCCAAAAUGUGACCCUUUCAAGAGUUUCCACUGAAGAAAGGAUUUAAAUACACGUUGGGAAGAUUCAGUAUGAAAUGCUUAAUAAACCUUUCAGAAUUUUAUGUAUCAAAACAGCAAAGAAAAAAAAAACGAAUCUAAAACGUCGCAAUUGACCAAUCUUUCGUAUUUUUUUUUAAAUAUAAAAUUACCUAUUCUACUUUUUUAUGUAUUCACUCUAAAGGUCAAUUAAUUUGAUGUUUAUUUUUGACCGCAUACCAUUGAUAAAAGCAAAGAAAAAAGCAACACACAGACAGGAUAUCAAUGCACUUUGUACUUAAUCUAGGUUAUUUACAGGAUUUUGUUUAAACAUCCAUUAAAAAGCUUCAAUUUACUGAGGAAACUUUGAGCAAUUUUUGAUGAAAAUUUAAAGAGCUUUUAAAGAGAAUUCCAACUAAAAUGUCAAUCAUAGCUCUAGAUGGUUUUUAGCAAUUUCUCAGAGAAUAUCAAUGUACAUAAAAUGAAUGCAGAAGAUGGUAAAAUCUUACAAAUUCUGGGAAAAAUGUAGGAACUUACGUUUAUAAAUGUAAACUGAACUUGAAAAUUCUGUCAAAAAAAAUGUUGCCAGAAAGUCUGAAAGUUCCCAGAAGAGUUAAGUAUUGGCAUUAAAAUUAUGAUCAGAAAAACACGGCCAGAAAAUAAAGAAAAAUUUAAAUAAUUCUAGUCAAUGUAAUAAAUCUCAAGAUUGAAAAACAACAUUUUUAAAAUUAUUGGGGAUAUUACGUUUAUAGGAAAAAAACAGCCUUUAGAUGCAAUUAUGGGUAGUACCUAUAUUUAUAUGUAUACUGACAUGGAAGGCAAAAGAGGCGAAAUUUUUCAUCAAAAUGCUGGAGAAGCAAAUUAAGUUCUGUGAAUUGAAUUUUGAGACUUGAAUUCCAUUGACCGUAAAUUGAAUACGAAAAACCGAAAGCGAAGCGAUAAAUUGUGCAAACUUUGGGAAUUUGCAUAAACUCAUUAAUGUAAAAUGGAUCAAACUUUAAAAUUUCUGUUGCUAUAUAAUAAUUUGAUAUCCACUCCCACCCCUUUCAGUUGAAGGGCAAAAAAAUCAAUCAAUAUACAAAUUAUGAGAUUAAUAAUAAGUUUUUACAUGAAGAGAUUUGCAUACAAAAAGUUUCUUAAUAAAGCAGAAAAUUUUAUUAAAAAAAAAACUUAUGUAAUUUAGAAUAUUUGUUGUGUUUAUGCUGUUAGGAAAAAGUGAAGUUUUAUUCACACAGAACUUAUUCCAAUUUUUGAAUAUGUAUAUAAUGUAAUUUAUAUGACCCAUAUCAUGUACCUUUUUAAGUCAAAAAUAUUUAAAUUAGUAUUGUUGAAAAGACGACAGGACUAGAUUGUCCUGUGACACGAGGCACAAACUUCCAACCCACAAAAUCAUUCUUUUCCAAAAGACUUUGUGUGGUGAAACUUUUAAUAGGCGAGAAAGCUGCCUGCGGCCUUUAGCUCGUUCCAGUCAUCACUCUUCCCGUCACAACAAUAUAUUUAAUUUUCGUACAUCCUCUUGUGCAGUUGAAUGUUAACAAAUAAGUAAAGUAAUUUUAAGUUAACCAUUUAUCAAGAUACAUGAGAUACUUACAUCCCCAUGUUAUAUAGUUAUAAAUUUAAAUAUAUAUA